CUGUCACAUCACAUUCCUCGUCGCAUCAUCAUCGCAUCGCAUCGCAUCGCAUCGCAUCGCAUCGCAUCGCGUCGUAUCGCGUCGCAAGGCAAGGCUUCGCAACGGCGGAGUACUAUAAACGCUACCAUGGCUCCAAGGACGGACCCGGCGCCUGCCGCUCCCCCGAGCUGCACCCGCGCGUGCCUCACGAGGAGACUCAACUCGCCUGCGAGCUCGUUCGGUACAAUCUCAGCCGCUCAUCCGAUCCCCGCCGCUCACCAGAUGUCCGCUUAUUGUUCGUGUGAAAGCCUGUAUUCACGCGGGGCGUUACUAUCGGAGGACUUGGACUUGCUUAUCCCCUUCGCGCGGCCCACGCGGUGAUAUCAACAGCGGAUAUCAACUGACUGAAAUGGAUAUCUGGAGCGCUGCUACCAGUGUGCGUGCGGCAUGCUUGCGUGCCGUAUUCACGGCUUUGCGCGUACCAGCGUCGAGUGACGCCGUGGCUCUUGCUCUGGCUUGAUAGCGAGCUAGGGUAUUCAUUCCAACGGCCUUAGCUCGCCAUUCACGGGGUCUAGCAGCAAACAGCAAACAGCAGCAUCAUCCGAGCCCUCCUCCAGAGCCCUUCUCCCGUGCCUCGCCUUCGUUCCUCCGCGCCCCCUUUCCCUUGACCGUUUCUGCGACGCCCGGCGCGAUGGGCGACGAGGGCUGCGACGAGGCGGGAGCGGAGUGGGCGGCGUCGCUGCUGUCGCACGAGAGCGAGCCGGAGUGGGCGCAGGUGGCGGGCAUGGCCAGCGACCUCGUCGUCACCAUCGGCCACCGCGCCUUCCACGUGCACCAGUACCCACUCUUCUCCCUGUCCACAGUGAUCGCCAACGCAGCGUCGUCAUCGGACACGGGGCUCAUGCGCGUGGACCUGUCCUUCCUGCCCGGGGGCGCGCUCGCCUUCAUCCCCAUCGCCUGCUACUGCUACGGCCGCCCCUGCCGCCUCUCGCCACGCUCCGUGCUGCUCGUGCGCUCUGCAGCAUCGCUGCUGGAGAUGAGCGCGUGUGGGCCGAGCCACUCGGUGCCGCUGCCGCAGCUGGCGGGUGAGCGCAUGCAGCAGUUUCUGCAGAGCUGGCCGCACUGCCUGCACGUCCUCGCAUCUUGCAGCGCCCUCCCACCAUCUAACGACACCAGGGCUGCUCGGGCGUCUGCUGCUGAAGCUGCUGCCACCCUGCUGGUCACUGGCGACAAAGCUGCAGCAGGAGAAGCGGCGGACAAGCAUGGUCCCCUCAUGCACCUCGCCCUCAAGGACUUCUGCCUUGUGCUCAUGAGUGCGCAGAAGCAGGGCAUGGGGCCAGCGCAGCUGAGCAGCAUACUGGAGCAGUACUACUGGCAGUGGACGGACGACUGGAGGCAGCAGGGGCGGCAGCAGCAGCAGUCGGAGGCGAGGCAGAAACAGCAGAGGGACACUGCCUAUGGAGAUCUCCCCCUGGUCACUGAUAAGCUCGACUGGCAAGAGGCCUUUAGGCAGGCCCUGCAGCAUCUGUGUCGCCUGCUGCCCCACCCCGCCAGCACGCCUCUCUCCACGGACCUCCUCUUCCACCUCCUCUCCCUCGCGUGCCUCUGCGCCAUGCCGCGCUCCUCCCUGCUCUUCCUCUACCAAGCGGCAGCAGAGAGGCUCACUCGCGAUGUUAGUGUGGAGGAGCACCUGCUGUCGCUGCCCGUUUCCUAUGCCCAGGCCAUAGUGACAGCAUUCGUGGCGGCUCAAGAGGCGCGACCCCCCCUGCAGUCUCAGAGCGACCUGACCAGAGGAGCGGCUCUCAUAGACGAAUUCCUCACAUGCUGGUGCCACGCCAUGCAUCAACCGACGCACUCCAUUGCCUCUGCUGCUAGCGGCGGCAGCAGCAGCCCUAGAAGCAGCGGUGGCAGCGCUCCAACUGGCAACAGAAGCGCCAGUAGCACACUAACAGAUAGCAACCCCAGUAGCAGCAGCAGGAGCAACAGCGGCAGCAGCUCUAGCAGCAGCAGCAUGGGUGCAAGAGUGAGCGUAGGAGACUUCAAGCGGCUAGUGAGGGCGUUUCCUGCUCACGCGCGUGCCAGCCACGACGCGCUGUGGGGGGCUGUGAGCGCGUUUGCUGCGGGGGGGGAGGAUGAAGCGGAUGUGCUGAGCCUGUGCGAGGUGGUUCAGGUGGAGAGGAUGGCGCGCGCUGUGCAAGAUGCCGCCGUUGCGUGCCCGCACACACCGCUCGCGUUCACCGUGCGGGUGCUCUGCACACAGAACCAGGCACUGAAGACAGGAUCCCAGGGGUGGAUGGAUGAGAUCAGCAGCCUCAAGGACGAACUUCAACAGGCCUUCCAGGAGGUGGAGGAGGAGAGGCAGAAGCGGCGGGGCGCGGAGCAGCAGGUGGAGGUGGAGAAGGCGGCAGGGAGGCAGGGGCAAGAGGCGAUGCUGAGCAAGAUGAGGGAGCUCGUGGAGGAGGUGCGGGUGCUGCGCACUCAAAACUCCGAUCUAAGGCAGAACCUCGCCAUUCUGCAGGCGUCCAUGACUGUCAAAAAGAAAACGCUUUUUCUCAAGAAGUAGGAGCAUGAGAAGUGUGUAACGGUUGGUAGAUGCAGUAGAUUCAACGAGGGUAUAUAGUGCUGUGUCAUUUGUGGAUUUGGUAGAAGUUGUGUUAUAACAAAAACCAGAACAUGUGGUGAACAAACAGACGAGGCACUG